AUGGUGGCCCAAAGAAAGCCAGAUUCGAGCUAUGCAUCGAAUCGCAUGACGCGCAGCAAUGGUCCACGAGGCCAUUUGCUCUCCACCUUCAACAAUGACGCAAGCCCGUCCAGCGACGAGGCAAACCCAAAACCCGAACCCAAAGGCAAGGCUCCCGAGCCUGCGACAGACGACGAGCCGCAGAGCUCCAGCGAUGAUGAUGAACUGCCCGCUCGGCCCGAGUUCCCCAAGCGCAUGCCAGAGAGGGGGCCGGCUUCGCCUGAACGACCUGGGGUCUGGAGCUCGCAGGGCCGGAAUAUACACGCGAGGAAAGGAACGCUGCAAAGAACUUCGAGUAUGAUGACCGGGGGCGACGAAGAAGAUAUGCUGUUUUCCUCGCAGCAGUACAAGCGCCCCCGAACGAAGAAAUACGGACCGCCCAAUUCCUUUUCCUCUCGAGCACCGAGCUCCAGCGCCCGCUCCGUACCAACACCCAAUAAGCGCGCAGAAAAAUCGAAGCCAAGGCCAAAGAAAGGGAAUGGCGAGAAAAAGGACGAAAAAGAAGAGAAAGAAAAUUCUCCGGGCUUUAGGUUGCCCCCGGAAGAUAUUGAUUUCCCUUCUACUUCGCACUCUUCUCUCGGCACGGGAAUUUCGAAAGAUACACAAUCACAGGCUCUGGAUGACGAUUCUCCCCUGAGCUCCGCGCUUGAUUCCGGCGAUGAACUCUUCCAGGAUAUGAGCAAGGAAUCGGACGAGGCUUCACAGCCGCGGAAGUACCUGUGUCCCAUGUGUAAAGAAGAGGUAAAUCCAGACCUCCUAAUUCGUUUCGAGGCGCAACCCAAACAACGUGUUCGCGAGCAGCAGCAAUUCUGCACCUCGCAUAAACAAAAUCGAGCCGAAAAGGAAUGGCAGAAUCAGGGAUAUCCGGAUAUUAAUUGGGACACCUUUGACCAGCGGGUUAAGAAAUACUUCCCUGAUUUGGAGAAAUUGUUGGCACAGAGCAACUCCAGCACCUCUUACUAUCAUAAUAUCCUGGCGACGAUCAUGAAAGACGGGAAAGCGAAGAAUUUCCGUCUCACAUUGUCUGGUGAUGGCGUUGAGACUAUUUCGUGCGGAUACUACGGGACGAAAGGAGCGGCGAAGAUGCUCCAAGCAAUCAUCGAUCGCUUCUCGGCCUCGUUGCGCCGACUAGCUACAUCCGACAACAUUAUCAAGACAGCAGGUGUAGCUGGCUACGCCCAAUCUGUCCUCGUCCCGGAACUUGCGAUGCGUCUUGUGAGGGAUGAUAUGGGUGUCGAUGAUGACUCCGCUCGUCAGAUCUUAAGAUCAAGUAUUGAUAUCGGACAUAAGAUUAACCCUGCACCGGAUGAUGAGGUGCCGAUUCCCGUUGAUGACGACUAG